UUCUUCUUCUUCUUCUUCUUCCUCUCUCUCCAAUGGGAAACGCAAUUUCUCCAUGCUUCCAACCAAACCCUAACUCCUCCGUGAAGCUAAUCUUCUGGGAAGGAACCACAAGAACCCUCACCGGAAAACAUAUGGCCGGGGAGAUCAUGUUCGAGUGCCCGGACAAAAUGGUCUGCCACGCCGACUCAUUCUUCAUCGGCCACCCGGUGCCGGCCUUAGGCAUCGACGAAGACCUCGUGAGAGGCCAGACCUACUUUGUUCUCCCCAUUGACCGCUUUGCAUGCCAUGUGCUCUCCACGUCCUCUCUUGCCGCCUUGGGGUCCAGCCCCAAAAAUGCCCCCAUCAGUUUCGGCGACUGCCCUUUUCAGUACAUAAAGGGUUCAAACGGCAGAGUUUUGAUCAAGGUUGUGCCGGAGUUCAUCACAAGGCUUGUGACACAAGGCAAGGAGAAUAAAGCUGGAUCUACUAGUCCGACCAGCAGUGUUCUUUGCAGCACGCCGGAGCUGCAAAAACACUAUGAAAUGCUUGUCGGAUCAAAGGAGCAAAUAUGGUCUCCUAAGCUUGAAACCAUUUCGGAGUACAAGGUCAGGUUCUCGCCCUGCAGAUUUAUAGGGUUAGAGUGGAAGCAGAAAGAGAAGUAAUUAAUUAAUUAACUAAGGGUAAUUUAAUUUAGAGAGGAUUUCAGUGAGCGCGCGGUGUAAGAAGAUAUAUAAUUAAAUUUAUAUGAUAUAUAUAAAGGGAUAGAAUUUCUUGCUUUGUUAAAAGAAGUUG